CUGGAUUGGUGCGGGGGGAAUAUUGAUGCUGGAAGGCCGACGGGCCGAGGGAGGGCCUUCAUCGCUCGCUCCCCCGCUAUAGCAGUGACCGGCGCCGCCUCCUAACGUCGUCCCAUCGAGCGCCGCCGCACUGGUUUCCUCGCCGUCCCGUGCCACUGCUGCUCUCCUAUCCGCCUUUACCGUACGCUGCCGGCCCUGCUACCGCUGCUCUAGGAUUCCUUGGCGGGCGCUACGGCCCGUCUUCUGGAAGCGGAUUGGAGGCAGCGAGCGGGCGGGGAAAGCGGUGGCUAGAGCAAAUGCUCAAGUUCCUGUCCAGGGUGGUGGUGGAGUACCGCCCUCUGGACCCGCGCAAGGCAGCGGCCGUGGAGCUCCUCGUGCAGUGCAACGGCCGCAAGGCCAAGGACUCCAACCCCACCUGCUCCGUCGAGUUGCGGCGCCUGCCCUCCCCGGCCGCGGCCGAGGACCCCAAGGCCCAGCCGCCCUCGCGCGUCCUCGUCACCUACCUCAACGGCUCCGAGAAGGCCUUCGUCGCCGCCGACGGCGCCACUGCGCAGGGCAUGCGCGACCAGAUCCUCGCCCGCGGCCGCCUCCUCGAGACCGAGCAGCUCUUCCGCGAGGCCGGGGAGAAGUGGCCCGUCAUCAUCCCCGAGGAGGAGCUCGGCAUGUCAUUCCCCGGUAUCAAGGUAGAAAAUACACCGAUGGCAAUAUCAGUGGAUUUCUCGUGGACCAGGGAGAAAAAGGGUAGCAUGAUCUUGCCAGCAUGCUCACUUCGGGAGACAGAUGCAAGUGAGGAACAUAUGAGGGCUGCACGUCCUGUUUUUCUAUUUCCUCCCAACUUUAGUCACACAUGUGUUUUUUCUAAGGAGUUCACUACACCAUGAGGAUGGCGCGGAUUAUAGUCUUCACUUUUUGCUGGCGAAUGUACUUUGAUUACUGAUUACCAAAUAUUGGUUCAAGAUGUACCAUUUCCAGCCUCGCUUUUCUAUGCACAAAUAGUAUGAGUAUUAGGUAUUUUUUCAUAAUUUCUGAUUUGAUGUCGCUACGUUGAUU